AUGAGCAGCGGCGGCAUCCCCCAGAACACUACUUCCUCCUCGCCCUUUGACCCCUCGCCCCUGGACCCCUGGCUUGACCCCUACCCUGACCCCUACCCUGACCUCCCCGGGGUUAACGCCUCCUCCUCCGACGUCCCCGGCCGCACCUAUACCUCCGACCUUGACUUACGACCUCUGACCUCACAACAGGAUGUUAGCCCAUGGGAUGUGGCGUUAUGUGUCACGGGUACACUCAUCGCCUGCGAGAACGCUCUGGUCAUCGCCGUCCUCUUCUACACGCCGACCCUCAGAGCGCCGAUGUUCAUCCUGAUUGGCUCGCUGGCAUUCGCCGACCUCCUGGCGGGUCUCGGUCUCAUCCUGAACUUCGUGUUCACCUAUCUUGUCGAGGGAGAGGUCGUGACCUUGGUUGCCACAGGGAUACUCAUUGCGGCAUUCUCGGCAUCCAUCUUGAAUAUCUUAGCGAUCACCGUGGACAGGUACCUGUCGCUGUACAACGCGCUGACCUACCACACGGAGCGGACUGUCCUCUUCACAUACCUGGUGGUAGGGGUCAUCUGGUUGGUGUGUCUGGUUCUCGGGGCCCUCCCCGCACUCGGGUGGAACUGCCUAGACGACCAAUCAACGUGCUCAGUCUGUCGACCCGUCACCAAAUCCAACGCCGUCGCCCUCGCUGUCUUCUUCCUACUGGUUUUCGCGUUGAUGAUGCAACUCUACCUGCAGAUCUGUCGGAUCGCGUUCCGUCACGCUCAGCAAAUCGCCGUCCAGCAUCAGUUCCUCGCCAUUUCCACGACCAAAGGAGUCCAGACGCUCUCCGUGAUUCUCUGCGCCUUCGCCAUGUGUUGGCUGCCGUUUGCUAUGUAUUCUAUCGUGGCAGAUUCAAGCUAUCCUAUCAUAUACACAUACUCUACGGUGCUGCUGGCGGCGUGUAAUUCAGUCAUAAAUCCUAUUAUAUAUGCGUUCAGGAACCCGGAUAUACAGAAGGGGCUCUGGUUGGCGUGUUGUGGGUGUGUCCCGUCAAAUCUGAGUCUGAGACCUCGAGCCAGGACAUCCAGUGAUGUAUAGGGAAGCAUUGUUCAUGGUUACGACCGCUCCAACCUCUCCCUCCGGCCCUGGACCUGGCAAUGUCUAGGGAGGGGGUGUAGCGACGUAUAUAGAAGGGGGGCAGGAUGAUGUCGGUAUUGGAGGAGGUGUGGGUGUACGCCUUCCAACCUAGCUCUGUGACCCAGGGCCUCCAGCAAACUUGGACAUCCAGAAGAGAAUGUGGUGGUGAGAUCAAGGGACAUGGUGAUGACCCCCCCUAGGAUCUCCAGUGAGGGGGUAAGCUUUAGGGAGAGGACUCAGUGAGGUCAAAGGGGACCCUAAGAGGCAAGAGGGAGGGUGUGGGGUGGUGACCUGGCAAUGUAACCCCCUUCCCAUCCUUCUCCAGGGUCUAGAUCAGAGUUGCAGGGGCGGAUGCGGCUCUCCUUCAUCAAAGGAUGAGGGGCCAUGGACUGGACUGAGAAAGUCUGGGAUGGUUUGCCCUGGGCCUAGGCUAUACUUUGCAAUGCCACUUCAGUGGGGGAUCAUAGGCCUCUACAAGGCUACUCGUUCAGAGGAUGAGCACGAGUAGUACAGCCUAAGGAGUGGCCUCGAUGGAAGAUGAGCCGGAACUUACUGAUGAGCUAACUUGCUUAUGAUGAGCUAACUUGCUUAUGAUGAGCUAACUUGCUAAUGAUGAGCUAACUUGCUUAUGAUGAGCUAACUUGCUUACUGAUGAGCUAACUUGCUUAUGAUGAGCUAACUUGCUAAUGAUGAGCUAACUUGCUUAUGAUGAGCUAACUUGCUUAUGAUGAGCUAACUUGCUAAUGAUGAGCUAACUUGCUUAUGAUGAGCUAACUUGCUUACUGAUGAGCUAACUUGCUAAUGAUGAGCUAACUUGCUUAUGAUGAGCUAACUUGCUUAUGAUGAGCUAACUUGCUUACUGAUGAGCUAACUUGCUUAUGAUGAGCUAACUUGCUAAUGAUGAGCUAACUUGCUUAUGAUGAGCUAACUUGCUUAUGAUGAGCCAACUUGCUUAUGAUGAGCUAACUUGCUUAUGAUGAGCUAACUUGCUUAUGAUGAGCUAACUUUCUUAUGAUGAGCUAACUUGCUUAUGAUGAGCCAACUUGCUUAUGAUGAGCCAACUUGCUUAUGAUGAGCUAACUUGCUUAUGAUGAGCUAACUUUCUUAUGAUGAGCUAACUUGCUUAUGAUGAGCUAACUUGCUUAUGAUGAGCCAACUUGCUUAUGAUGAGCUAACUUGCUUAUGAUGAGCUAACUUGCUUAUGAUGAGCUAACUUUCUUAUGAUGAGCUAACUUGCUUAUGAUGAGCCAACUUGCUUAUGAUGAGCUAACUUGCUUAUGAUGAGCUAACUUGCUUAUGAUGAGCUAACUUGCUUAUGAUGAGCCAACUUGCUUAUGAUGAGCCAACUUGCUUAUGAUGAGCUAACUUGCUUAUGAUGAGCUAACUUGCUUAUGAUGAGCUAACUUGCUUAUGAUGAGCCAACUUGCUUAUGAUGAGCCAACUUGCUUAUGAUGAGCUAACUUGCUUAUGAUGAGCUAACUUGCUUAUCAUGAGCCAACUUGCUUAUGAUGAGCCAACUUGCUUAUGAUGAGAUAACUUGCUAGUGAUGAGCUAACUUGCUAGUGAUGAGCUAACUUGCUUAUGAUGAGCUAACUAGCCAACAAUGUUGAUGUGUGUUAGGUGGGAAUGCUACGACCUUGAGGUUUUCAUUCAAAACCUUAGAAACUAUCAUGCCACAAUGAUCUUGUUGCUGAUGAUGACUAAAGCUCUUGGAUAAAAGACAAGCGUAUAACGCAUAACAGACAGACAGACAGACACGCAAAGCCAAUAUGAAGUCUGAUUCAUUGUUACCCUUGGAGAAGAAACAUACCAUUUUUUGAAAAGCCCACAAGAGGUUUCCCUGUUAUCACCAAUGCCAUAAACCUCCUAAUUUUUUAUAUAUUUUUUUACAGCUGCUAAGCAGUGUAUGUUGCCGGCCUACAGUCAUGAGGUAUAGAAAUGCAAUUACAGUCAAGUCAUCGUUCUAGUAAUUCUAGAAACACACUGGGCAGCUAAAACCGUUUCAGCACCACGGACAGCGAAACACAGCGUCAAAAGCUAAUUUCAGCACCAGCGAGCUGAUGCUUGUAGUCCCUACUUGAUUCUGCUCUAUGGUCAGUUUUUGCAUUCUCCCCCUUACUGGUUAAUUUAACCAAUUUGGGAAGUGAAAUCUGAUUCUCGAUCUGUGACUAAGGUCAUGGGAAAUUCUAUCCGGAGCCAGCUAACCAGACAGUCGUUUCAACACUUCUCACUGGUUGUACGGUUGAAUAAUUCAUUGGAAAACAGGCCUGGUGUGUAGAGAAGGAGAAAACACAGCCCUGUGAGUUUAUCUUUCCAGACAGACAGAGCGAGAGGUGACAAAACGUGUGUCACAGCCGGGGCUCAUGUUCGCAGGGCCUUUGGCGGAGGUUCAAUCACUUUGUGGUGUGGUGGGUUCUAACCAUUCUAGUUCUAACUAAUGGUUCUAAAUGACGCGGAGGGUUCUAACCAUUCUAGUUCUAACUAAUGGUUCUAAAUGACGCGGUGGGUUCUAACCAUUCUAGUUCUAACUAAUGGUUCUAAAUGACCCGGUGGGUUCUAACCCUUCUAGUUCUAACUAAUGGUUCUAAAUGACUCGGUGGGUUCUAACCAUUCUAGUUCUAACUAAUGUUUCUAAAUGACUCGGUGGGUUCUAACCAUUCUAGUUCUAACUAAUGUUUCUAAAUGACUCGGUGGGUGCUAACCAAGUGACAGCAGAGGGAGUCUGUCAUAUCUGACUAGUAUCCUUUUAGAAUGAUCAUAGGUUGAAAGUAUUGUGUGACAGGCAAUCACAACAAUUAAUAGGUCUACACAUCGCAAUUCGAUAUCAUUUGAUAUCAUUAACGGGACUUGAAAUAAAAUGUCAACUGGGCCUAUUGAUUAUGUACACAUGGGUUUACAAGUAUUGAUUUAGGCAGACAAGUUAAAUGAUAACGAUUGAUCAACCCACGUCUGAAAACCGUCAAUGGAAACAGCAUAUUGACUACCCUUCAUGUCAGGUGAAGUGAACAUGGAUCCAAAUCCAAUAGGGUUGUAUUGAUUAGCUGCCGAUGCAUGGACAAUAGGCAACAGCAGCACAGCAGAACGGAAUGCAGGACCAGACUGGGACCAGAAAUCAGCCCUGGCAUUUCUAAAAAACCUGUCCAUUUAUUUACUUGAACAAUAUUAGCCAGAUAAUGAUAAUUUUGCUAUUAAAAACCGAAGUUAGACAGUCCCACGGGUUAAAAAUGGACCAGUCUGCCCCUGAUGGAAUGUAAAACACAAAACCACACUCUAUGGGGUUUUAUCUAAAUGAUUCUAUUGGCCGAUAUACCCCUCAUUUCCCCUCUCUCUCAAUGCUGUUUGUCUCAACACACGCUCCACACCACACGCCCCCUCUCGGCUCUGUAUCUCUGAAC